GUCAAAUUCAAUGAUCAUCCAAUUUACCGUAUGAGGCAUUGGCAACCCCACCUGGCUAGGGCGCUAGCAAAGGAAGAGCUGGCGCAGGAAGGACAUCUGCGCUCCUGUUGUACUUCAUUGGAUGUGCCACUUUCCUGAGGUAGGUACUGAGGUUGUGCGGCGUGCAUAAGAGGAGUGAGUAACGGGAGGGUCUGUGUGUAUUGCACUUGACCCCGACACGGGCGCAAGGAAGUUGCCUCAAUGGCCGCCAUGAGCGUGCAGGCGGCUUCGUCUGUGGCUGUCCGCAUCUCUGAGAGCCUGGCCGGCACCGCCAGCACAUCGGGGCGGUGUUCAUCCAAUAGUAGGAAUCUGCGCGGCGUAUGCUGGGGGGAGGCUCCACUCAGCCAACCCGUGUUACGACAGCCGCCUUGUCCCUCAGGCUGUUCACCCUCCUUUUCCAGUCCUCCUCUCCCUUCCAUUUCGUCUUCCCAAAGCCAGCGGCAAUCGUGUCAUAGUAGGGUGGACAGCAAUGCUAGUAUUUGCGGAGAUACCACCGGGUUGCUGCCAUUCCCGCACCGCAAGCAGACAAAACGGGCCGUGUUUUCCAAUGGCAAUGCAAGAGGGCAGAGCCAGAGUCGAGGGCGUGUAGGGACUGUCAAUCGAGAAGGCAAUGUGGGGGUUGCAUCAUUUGGUCCCAGCAGGGGCUCGCAAUCGCCGCGCGCAGCGCAGAAAGUGGACCUAGCAAAGAUGAUUUCAGGAGCAAUGCCGCUCGUUGUGCUGGCCACCGCGGUGGCUGCGCUGUCUCAUCCGCCGUCCUUCAGCUGGUUCAAGAAGCAGUACUAUGCUCCUGCGCUGGGGGGCAUUAUGCUGUCCAUAGGGGUCCAGCUCUCGGUGGCCGACUUUGCACUGGUGUUCAAACAGCCAACCCCGGUGCUGGCUGGCUACCUUGCCCAAUAUAUGUUGAAGCCCGCAUUGGGUUAUUUGGCCGUCACGGCGUUUGGGGUUCCUCCCAUGUUUGCGUCGGGCCUGCUGCUGACGGCCUGCGUGGCGGGCGCGCAGCUGUCCAGCUAUGCCGCAUACCUCAGCGGGGGAGACGUGGCACUCAGCAUUGUCCUCACUAGCGUCACCACCAUCACGUCGGUGGUUGUCACGCCGUUGCUCACGCAGCUCCUCAUUGGGGCAGCAGUGCCCAUUGACGUGGUGGGCAUGGCAAAAAGCAUUAUGCAGGUCGUGGUCGGCCCGGUGUUCCUGGGCCUGGCCCUCAACACGUAUGCGCGCCGCCAGGUGGACGCAGUGCGCCCAUACGUGCCCCUCGUGGGCAUGCUGUGCACGUCGCUGUGCAUCGGCAGCCCCCUCGCCAUGAACCGCGCCAUGCUCCUCAACCCUGCCGGCGUGCGCCUCCUUGCGCCCGUGAUCGCCUUCCACGUCGCUGCCUUUGCUGCGGGCUACUGGUUCUCCAAGCUGCCUCUCUGGAAGAUGGACGAGCGAGCGGCACGCACCAUCAGCCUGUGCACGGGCAUGCAGAGCAGCACGCUGGCCAUGCUAUUGGCCACGCAGUUCUUUGGGACAACGGCCGCCGUGCCCCCCGCAUGCUCGGUAGUCUUUAUGGCCCUCUCCGGGCUCACGCUGGCGACGUUCUGGGGACGCGGCUAUGGAAUAGGACCACUACUUAAGUCUAUGGGAAGGAAUAUGUAUCUCUCAAAACAGAACCGCGAGGGUAUGGAGAUGGUGGCCUGACACUUUCUUACGCCAUGAAUACAAGAAGCUCAGGGGUCUUGUCAAGUAAGUGAAGUUUUCUUUCGGACACAUAUACGGUUAUGAAAACGUGUUGAAAGGCAUGUAUAUUCCAGGAAUGCAGGUUACGGUGCGACACUUUAUUUAGGGCUAGUAUAAUUGCGCUACUGGUUAACGAGUGUAACAGUAUGUCCGUGGUCUUGGACGAGUCGAGGCAAUGUAAGGGAGAUUAGCAAACAAAAUCGUCUGUACAGCUAGUCUCUACUGGACACCGAUAAUUGGACACGGGUGUGUUUUCAAGUCAAGCUUUCAACGUCUGACCGAUGGGCUGGUACAUCCUAAGUUGUUGCCACGCAACUUCGUUCUUGCAAGUAUACCAGUUUUACUUUUG